AUGAGUCUGGUUGGAUUGAUUUUACUCGGCAAACUCAAUCGAAUUCUUUGUGCCACUAAACAUGUCGAUCCGCAAAUUCCAUUCGGUGGUAUAAACGUGAUAUUCUUUGGUGAUUAUUUACAGUAUCGGCUUUUCUACAAAUUAGUUCUGUGGUCAAACUUGCUCAACAGAUGUGAACAGAAGACACGAUAUCAUCAGUUACUUGAACGACUUCGUCAAGGUCAAUAUAGUUAUGAAGAUAAUGAAUUAUUAUUGACGCGCGUUGCCGGACAGUCAUCAGUAUCUCUUCAUGAACCACCAUGGAAUCAAGCUCCCAUGCUUGUGUUUAGAAAUGAAAUAUGUACGCAACUGAAUCACAGGUCGGGAAUUCAUAAUGCAAUACAGACAGGUUGCGAUCCAAUGGUAUGUAUUGCUCAGGACUUUUGUAAAAGCAAACCUCUGGAAGAGCCGGCACCUCUUAAAAAAUUAUUGGAAUUAUCAGAUAGUAAGACUGAACACUUAUCGAGAUUGUUACCGUUAGUUCCUGGAAUGCCAGUUAUUCUUACACAAAAUAUUGCUAUUGAACUCGGAUCAAUUAACGGCAUGAAUGGAAUAUUUGGACAACUAGUUUAUGAUACUGAUUCAAUCUCAACAGACAGUCUAUCAACAACGUUUCCAAUGAACACUACAUAUGUACACAAGCCAAUAUAUGCAUUGGUCGAAAUUAGCAAAUCAAAAAUUGAAUGUAAUCUUCAAAAACUCCAACCAAAACUUAUUCCAAUACCAAUAACGGAACAAAUAUUUCAGGAAAGCUUUUCACACUUGGGCCCAACUGGAUUCAUCUUAUUUCCAAUGAACAUUCGAAAUCCGAUUGAUGUACAGAUGUUACAAUCGGUGAGUAUUUUAGUUUCUACUCGACGUCCACCACAAUAUCUUAAUCCAUUAAGUAUCUUUUUCUUGCAUCCAAAUCUACAAUACCAGUAA